GCAAAAGAGCCAGCCAAUCAGGUGGGAGCAUCUGUAAACAUGGCGUCUGACUUACGGUGGAAAUGUUUAGCGCUCCUCUUUUGUACUUGUUUGCUAUGUUCCUUAGCCACUGGCAACAAAGAUAAGCCCAAGAAAAAGAAAGACAUAAGAGACUAUAAUGAUGCAGAUAUGGCUCGUCUUCUUGAGCAGUGGGAGAAAGAUGACGACAUUGAGGAAGGUGAUCUUCCAGAGCACCGACGACCUCCUCCUCCCAUCGACUUCUCCAAGAUUGACCAGUCCAAGCCCGAAGACUUGCUGAAGAUGUCGAAGAAGGGUCGCACCCUGAUGGUCUUUGCUACAGUGUCAGGGGAACCCACUGAGAAGGAGACGGAGGAGAUCACGGGCCUGUGGCAGGGCAGCCUCUUCAAUGCAAACUAUGACAUUCAAAGAUUUGUAGUGGGCUCCAACCGGGUGAUCUUCAUGUUGCGAGAUGGAAGCUUAGCGUGGGAAGUCAAAGAUUUCCUGCUGACCCAGGAGCGCUGCUUGGAUGUCACUGUGGAAGGGCAAGUGUUCCCCGGGAAAGCUGCCAAGGAGAGCGAUGGCAAGCACAAGCAGGGGAAUGAAGUGAACACCAAGAAGAAGAGCAAAAAGAAGACGGAGGGCUCGCAGGUAGAUUUGGAAGGGAACAGAGCCCGCCUUGCAAAUCGGGAGCUAUGAUGGAGUUGGCAGAGUUGCCUUUUGAUUUGUUGGAGAGGCUGCAAGACGACAUGAGCAGUUUGCAGUCGAACGCCAUUUCUCUUUGAUUUAAUAAAUCAUUUCUAGGUUGAUUCCUUUGGCUGCUGAGCACUCCCAUUAGUGUUUUGUUAAUCAAGAUAUACUGUGUGGCAUAUACGCUCUUCGUGUGAUUGGAUCCCAACGGUACUCACGGAAAGCAGAGUCUUGUGAUGUGUGCGUUAGGUGUUCAUCAACAUACAUGCAUGUCAUAAAUGUGACCGAUAACACAAGGACCUCCUUCAUGUCCAGAUGCACUUCAAGCUGUUAAAAAGAAAAAGAAAAAAACAGCUUGUACAUUUCUUCUUGAUUUUCACUCAAUAUGAAAAUAAAUGUUUUUUU